AUGCCGGGCAGGUCCCACCGCGAUGCCUUGCGCAGGGUAUUCGACCACUGCGCGCACAUAAGGGCCAAGUGCCGCGCCCACCACUGCACACUGCAUGACCGAUUUGAAGGCAAGGCGGCCACGGCCUUGAUCGGCGGCCUGCAGGUCACACUCGACCUCGCGGGAGCAUUUGAUGCCAUGCCCCGACAUCGACUCCUGGAAGGAAUGGAGCACAUGAACUUGCCGCUCUCCUUCAUACAGAUUGUCAUGUGUUGGCACCACCAAGCCCACUACCAUAUCAACCACGAUGGCACGGAUCGGGUUGUCCACGCUACACAGGGCGUGCGACAGGGUUGUGCGGUUGCACCCCUUCUCUGGCUCAUCUUCUCACACCUUAUCAGUGCAAAACUUGCGGCCAAGAUCGGCUACCACGCCACAGUCAAUCUCCUCAGCAUCUUCGCUGACGACUACCAUUGCUCGGGUGAGUUCAGCUCGACGCACGAUCUGGAGGUCAUUCUGUCGCACAUAGCCGUGCUCCUCCAUACACUGGCGGAUAUGGGAAUGACGGUUAGCCCCGCAAAAAGCAAGGCUAUACUCAAAUGCGCAGGUCCGGGGGCUGAACAGCUUAGGAGACGGUUCACACGCAAAACGGCCCAGGGGAAAGUCCUUCGUAUCUACAGUGCACAAGAAUGUAUCGACAUCCCACUUGUUGAUUCAUUCACGUACUUGGGAGCGAUUGUCAGCUAUGAUCACUAUGAGGAUCGAACACUUGCGCACCGCUUAGAGGUUGGGUCUAACAACUUUGGCAGACUCACGCGUGUACUCCGAGGUAGACAUGCCCUAACGCGACAACACAAGCUCCGUAUCUGGCAGGCGUGUGUCUAUACCGCCACUGUCUACGGGCUUGAUGCCUGUGGACUCACGCCCCUUGGCGCCAAGAAGCUCACAGCGCAGAUCCUGCGACAAAUUCGACUCAUAGUCAGGGAUCCCGUGUACAUGACGGGUACAUCGCACCAGCAGGUUUUGACAAAAUGGAACCUUCUUUCUCCGAUUGAGGCGCUAAGGCACCAACUUCAUAAGGAGACAGUUGAUCCGGAGCCUCAACCGGAUAUCUUCAAAAGGGGGCCCGAUAGCGCAGCUUGGCAAAGAGUCAUGGAUACCCUACAAGACUUUUCACCCUCUCAGCUUGUCGAAAUGCACAAUCAGCGUACCCAUGGCCACCCGUGUCCAGAGUGUGGAAUAUAUUUCGCCACCCGUGCCUCCAUGCUCGGCCACAUGACCCGUAAACAUAAAGACCACCCAGCACGCCCUGUCAAUCAGCCUACGCGCACCUUCGACAAACACAGUGACGCGCUGGGAGGGCUACCUCAAUGCAGCCACUGCAAAGUCAAACUCUGUGACUUCUCCAGUCUGCGCAAGCACAUUAACGAGCAGCGCUGUAAGGUGCUUUACCCCACGAGACGUCCACCCUGCUCGGACACACCCGAAGUGACACCCGAAGUGAUACCCCCUCACACUAUUGAUGCGUCAGCUGUCAAGGUAAUAGGCCCUAAGCUAAGCCCCACGCCUGAAGCCACUCACGUCGAGCCCGACCCCUCCCAUCCAGCAAGCUGCUCAGGUGCCGGACCAACGGACGACUCGGAAACACAGUUGCCGUACUUUCAGAGGACCAGCGUGCGAGCCAUGCUCACAAAGUAUUCUGAAAAUGCAGCUUUUCACCUGCAGGAUAGACAGUGGCUCCGACACUACUGUGCCCUGUGCUCCCAGUGGAUUGUGUGCACAAGUAAGGUAAAGCAGCACUAUAGGCUCUCACACCCCACUGACCAUGCACAGUACCUGCAAUCAGCGAGCUGUUUGUGCUCCAAGUUCAAUACCCCGGGCUCACCGUGUGAGCACUGCAGUGCGGUCACCAAGGAGCUUCAGCAAGUCUUCGGCCCGCUGAUGAAGGACCAGCUGGAUCUCAUGGAGUGGGCACCGACGAUGAAGAGGGAAGCCGAACCGGAAUCGGCCCCUGCAGAGCGAGGCAAGGUUCCCAAGACAGAGCAGGGCAAAGGGCGCCCGCGUCAGCCGGCCCCUCCAAGCAAACAACACUGGCGCAAAGGUGGGGGCAAGGGACGUGGUCACGAAACCCCCAACCUGACCUACUUGAUCAAAGCACUGGCCAGACUAGCACUGCAACAGGAGACGGCGCUCAAGAUCCUACGCCAGGACUACAGCUGGGUGCUCUUCAUUCAACCGGGCAGUCAGGGGCCGCUCCCCCUCCUCUUUGCAGCGGCACAAAAAUGGAAGAAGUCUCAGGAGGAGGGAACAACGACCAGUACACUCCGCACCACUCUGUUCGGUUGUCUGAUCACGAUGCUGCACGCAAGCCUGAAAGACAUCGGAGGAGUGACGCAGACACCCUUCCAGAAGAAGGCAGAGGACAACAAAUGGCUACAGGAAGGCCAUUGGUGCUACCAGAAGUGGUCGCCGGCGUUGGGGAGCCUGGUGGUCGACGAGGGGAGGCCCCCGCUUCCACACGCGAAGCUAGUGGAAGCACUACAACUCCUUCUACCCAUCAUCAUGCAGCCCUACAUGAUACACAGAUUCCACGCCACACGCCCCCUAGCAGACACCAUGACAGGGGUCACGGCUUUCCAGCUGGACAUCUCCAAUCGCACGAAGGGCCACCCAACAGUAUGGGAGACACUGGAGGCAUUGACCGGCCUGUCGGCCAUGCAGGUCAUCGGCCUCCAACUAAGGAGGGACACGCUCAAGCAGUCACCGGCUGCCGCGCUUGUCCAACAGGUUGCGGACAUCCUCAAGUAUGGUGCCCAGGAACAGGCGUGGAGGGAUGUGUAUCAUGCGCGUAAGCCCAUUCACGUUCACGCACUGAGCUCCUGGCGGCCCUUGCUGUGCAAUUGGGCUAACCUCCACCAGCAACAUGACGCUUGUGAAUUCCUAGAACACCUCCUAGGAGCUGGACGACCCCAAGUUCUUCAAGGCAAGUGGGAAUCGCGCAUUGUUAGUGAGGUUGAGGGCACCGAGACCAGAGGACAGCACAACACACAGCGGUCCAUUACCCUUGACCUGGCGGACCCUUAUGCCACCACUAACCUCCAAGCACUUGUUGACCAUUGGCACACCGGCGGCACGUACGUACAGGCUUGCACGCAUCCUCCACGCAUCCUGCUUCUGCGCAUCUCGCGAUUCUUGGACACGGACGCUGGCGAGACGGUCAAACUGCACACCAGGGUCACCAUUCCCACUGCAAUCCAGAUCCCGUGCUACUGUGACCCACAUCAGGGGGACUACGCUUUGAUGACUUGA